GAACCGAAUGUAUGUUAUUUUAAAGAAAUCGCAAUAUAUAUAAAUAUGAUUCGUUAUAUAAACUUAUCAAACCGAGUCAACCGAAUAAACCAAUUAAUUAAAAUAUAGUAGUAUAGUUAUUUUUAAAUUAUAUAAUAUAAUUGAUAAUAUAUACAUACUCUAUUUUAUUGAUAUUAUCCUAAUAUUUAAGAUAUGUUAAUUUGAAUAAAUUUUUUAUCAGGGAUAAUUUGAAAAUAUCCUAUUGAUGAAUUAAAUUUUGAAAAAUGCAUUUAGUUUUUUCUUUUUUGAAAACUACAUUUUCUUGUAUGUAACAAGAUUUUUUUGUCCUAAUGUUGAUUAGAAAUUACAGAUUCUAGUAAUUAAUUUAAAAUUUUGAUUAUAUCAAAAUUAUCAUAAGUUUAUAAUUCUCGAUUAUUCUCUAUUAUUAUUUUUUAUAAGAACUUAUUGUCAUCUUUGUUGCUAUUUUUUUUAAGUUGUUGCUAUUUCCUGUUUUUGUGGUAGAAAAGAAUUGAUUAAAUCUCUUUAUUUUAGCAAUUCAUCCUUUUUCACAUUAUAAAAACUCAUAUAUUUUCCGGUUUGGUUCUUAUAAAUUAAUGAUAAAAAAAAAUUAGCAAUUCAUCCUUUUUCACAUUAUAAAAACAGACAAUUUAAAUACUUUAAAAAUAGUAAAAUAGGUCAAAUUAUAUGUAAAAGUUCCUUUGUACUCCAAGUGAACAAAGUUCACAGAAUAUCAUUUUUUUUUCUGGAUGAUACACUUAACACUCUUUGACUUAUUAAAAUAACUAGAGCUUUUAUAUUUUUUUCAUUUCCAAUUUUUUUUAAAAUAUCAGUUUGUUUUAUAUUAUCUUACAAAAAAACAUAAAAUAAGACAAUAAAAAUAUGACAAUAGUUUGAACUAAUUUCUUUGUGGUUUAUUGGACAUCAUUAUGUAAGAAUUUUAGUGGAUGUACAUGCCAAAUACAUAAUAAAUUUAGUUCAUUUGAAUGCAAAUAAAAAUACAUUUAUCAGAUAUUCAAAAUUUUAAUUGCAAAACAAAAAAAUAAUCAAAUAAUAAAUAAUAUGUUUGUAGAAUAACAGUAGUGUUAAAUUAUUGAUAUGCAUGUAAAAGAAGAAAAAGGGGUUGGACAUUUGAAGAUGGUUGAUUCAUGUAAAUUAAGUUUUUCUAUUAAUUUAUUAUAAGUAGUCUAACUCUAUUAAUUUGUUUCAUUCAUUUUAAAACUAAAAACAAUUAUUCUCAAAAAUAAAAUUUAAUGUUUUUCACUUUUGUGUGAUAAUUUAUGUAAGACAAAGUUAUUUAUAUAGAUUAUACAUAAACAACAUAUAUUUUACUUAUCAUCUUCUAUAAAUAUUUUACAUAUAUAUAUAUAUAUAUAUAUAUAUAUAUAUAUAUAUUUAUAUAGUUUACAUAUUCAUAACUUCUAUAGAAAUUCCUUGUAAUAAAUAGUCUUGCAUGUUAUUUCUUAUAUAAUCUUUUUUUUUUGCUUCCCUAAAGAAUCAUAUAUAAUGUUUAUAUUAACAGAAAACAUAUUUUUGUUUUAUUUUUAUUGUUGAUAAUAAGUAAUAUAGAUAAAAUAAUUAAUAUGUGUCUAUAAAAAAUUACUUUAUACAUGUUGUAAUUCAUUUUUUACUUAUAUAUAUAUAAUAAUAACUUGUAUUUUUAUUUACUUAAUUUACAUCAUUUUAACUUGGGCAAUUGUCCAAAAGAACACCUUUCAAGUUUAUGUCACAAAAAUGACGCCAGGAAAUGAAAGUCACAAAAAUGACAUUCAUUAAAGGGCAAAAUGUCACUACUACCCUUGUGUUAUAAGAAUAAAAAAAAAACAAAAUUCAUUUUCUUCACUCGCGACUCUUCGAACCGUGUCGUCUCUGGCUCGGGAAUCUUCAAACCCUCAUCGGCACUGUCGUCUCCGGCUUGCGAAUCAUCGUCUCCGGCUCGGGAAUCAUCGUCUCCGGCUCGGGAAUCAUCUUCUCCGGCUCGCGAAUCAUCUUCUCCGGCUCGCGAAUCAUCGUCUCCGGCUCGGGAAUCAUCGUCUCCGGCUCGGGAAUCAUCUUCUCCGGCUCGCGAAUCAUCGUCUCCGGCUCGGGAAUCAUCGUCUCCGGCUCGCUAAUCAUCUUCUCCGGCUCGCUAAUCAUCUUCUCCUGCUAUCUAAUCAUCAGCGUCACACUCUCUACUCUCAAAAUCGGACAAAAAUCACUAUGUAACUUUUUAAAAUUAGGGUUUUUGAAUUAAAAUUUGUGAAGCUUGCGUUUUGAUUUUGAUUUGUUUGUUACUCUUUCUUAUUAACCAGCGAAGCAAAUGAAAGACUUUUGAAUUGUGGGAACACAAAGUUGUUGGAGCAUAAUUCAUCUCUUUGAGGUAUGUUGCAGAUUCAACCUUCUGUGUGUUUGUACAAAUUUAUAAAAUAAAAGUUUGUUGUCUCUUGCUGCAUCUAUUGAAUGUUUUUAGAAGAUUUCCAGAAAGCAUUUGUUGCUGCAUCUAUUGAAUGUUGAAUAUUGAAACUCGUAUGGUAACACAUUUUGAAACUUUUUUGCUUGGAGUCUUGUUUUGAUUAGGAAUGUUGAUAUUUUUGAUAGGGUCUUGAAUUUGCUUAUGAGUCUUUUGUUGCUUGUGAAACUGUCUAGUGUUUAUAAUAAUUUCAGGAAGCAUUUGUUUUUGAUAGGGUCUUGAAUUUGCUUAUGAGUCUUUUGUUGCUUGUGAAACUGUCUAGUGUUUAUAAUAAUUUCAGGAAGCAUUUAUUGUGUUAUUUCAGGAAAACCUUCCAGAAAAGUUUGAAAUUUUUUUUUCCUUGUUUACGCAGGAUAGAAACAAGAUGGGAGAUUCAGUACCUCUAAAACUAGCACUGCCAGAGCUGAAGUAUCCUAUUGGUUCACAGCCAAAGCAAAAGUCAGCAAUCAACCAAUAUUCCGGCUCAGAGUAUAUCUCCAUUGUUGACAGCAUCCUAAAACCAGAUGAGAUGAUAAGAGUCUGAGGAUCAUUUCUGGGACCUAUAAUGAAGCUCAGUGAGAGAGGAUUGAAGUUAUCAGCAAAGAUGGUCUACGCCAUUCUCACUAGAAGCAUCGUUUCUGUCAAGGAGAAUGAAGCCUGGUUCCAUUUCGGUGCGCAGCCACUGAGGUUCUCUAUAAGAGAAUUUCAUAUGAUGACAAGCUUGAAAUGUAGUGGUGCAUUAGAAGGACCACGAAGGGAACCCGAUAGAUUUAAUUGGGAAUUGCUAAAGGGGCGUAGUCAUAAGUUAAGUGACGUGGUGGAACAGCUCAGAAACACAAGAGAAGAUGCUUCUGAGGAGAGAGUAUGCCUCGCAAUGCUCAUCCUGGUAGAGAGCAUAUUAUUGCGGAAGAGCAAAGGAGGGAGUUUUCCUUUGGAAUAUGCAAAAAAUGCACAGGAUAUGACAUAUCCAUGGGGGAAAGAGGCUUACAUUGUGCUCCUGAAGUCAAUUCAAAACGCUGUCGCGAAUCAUUUGGAGAAUAAAUCCAAAUUUGAGUUGCAAGGUUAUCCUCUAGUAUUCCUUCUUUGGAUACUAGAGUCGAUUCCUUUGCUAAGGAAUAAGUUCAGUAAGUGUGUACCAACAGUUGAGGUUCCUGGGCCGACUUACUUGUGUGAAAAAUACACUGACGUAGAGAAUCCAUCACUUGAUAGGGUUUUACAGGUUGAAGCUGAUACAAAGCUGAAGGUCCAUUGCAUACUACCUUCUAUUCCUCAUGAUCCAGAAGAUGAUAUCUCCAUUGAAGACAAAUAUAGUGACGAGCUGGAAACACUGAAAGAUGUAACAAAGAAAGGGUACAAGCUUACAGCCGAUGACUGGGAAAAUAGGUGUGUAGACACAUUUGAAACAUUGGAUGCUCUUAUUCAAAUGAUGGCAAAUAAGGAGACUGGCCAAGCUUCUACUCCGAUUGAUGAGGAUUCAGUAAAUGAAAAAGUGAACAGGAUCAUCGAGGUAAUGGAGGAGAAUCUGAAGAGCAUGAAGGAUCGAAUGUCAUUACUGGAAGAAGAAAACAUGCAUCUUAGAGCCCGUGUGUCAGAGUUGGAAGGAAACAACAAUGUUUUUCCCACUAACGUGACACAACAGGUAAAUUCUCAAAACAUCUUCUUUUACAUUUGCAUUUUCAAGUAUUUUUUGGAAGAUCUUGUACAUAUUCUUGAAUGCCUUCCUAAUAUUUGACAAACAGCGAUCCAGUAGGACACCUUUAUCUCCAAUGUCUCACACGCAACCAUCGAGUGAGACGCCUUUAUCUCCAAUGUCUCAACAGCCUAAUUUGACACAUGAGGUAUGUAACAAAUAAAUAUUGUUGAGUUUUGAAGUAAUAUUUGGAAGCUUUUGUACUUCUUGAAUGCAUUCCUGAUUUUUGCAAGAGACAAUGAUUGAAUCAGCUGCAUCUCCAAAGUCUCAACAAAAUGAGGUAUAUGCUCAAAAAUUUUUAAGAAAAUAUUUGGAAAUUCUUGUACAAAAUCAUGAA